GGUAGAACUCAACUCACAGGCAGGACAGAGAGAGAGAGAGAGAGAGAGAGACCCAGUGAAGACCUUUGAAGAUCUCUGAAGAAGUGAAGCUACAACUGAAGAUUUCAGAAGGAGACUAUCACCAUGGCGAUGCUGACCACUCUUCUGCUUCUCAGCGCUCUCGUUGCUCUGGGAGAUGCAAGGGGUAGCAGAGGGGAUCGGCAUGAUCGGCAUGAUCGGUCUGACUCGAAGGAACACAGUUCUCCUCCGAAGUAUCGGCAUGAUCGGUCUGACUCGGAGGAACACAGUUCUCCUCCGAAGUAUCGGCAUGAUCGGUCUGACUCGGAGGAACACAGUUCUCCUCCGAAGUAUCGGCAUGAUCGGUCUGACUCGGAGGAACACAGUUCUCCUUCGAAGUAUCGGCAUGAUCGGUCUGACUCGGAGGAACACAGUUCUCCUCCGAAGUAUCGGCAUGAUCGGUCUGACUCGGAGGAACACAGUUCUCCUCCGAAGUAUCGGCAUGAUCGGUCUGACUCGGAGGAACACAGUUCUCCUCCGAAGUAUCGGCAUGAUCGGUCUGACUCGGAGGAACACAGUUCUCCUUCGAAGUAUCGGCAUGAUCGGUCUGACUCGGAGGAACACAGUUCUCCUCCGAAGUAUCGGCAUGAUCGGUCUGACUCGGAGGAACACAGUUCUCCUCCGAAGUAUCGGCAUGAUCGGUCUGACUCGGAGGAAUACAUUUCUCCUCCGAAAGGGUGUCAUCGCAGAGUCUGCCCACAUGGCUGGCCCAGAUAUAAGACACACUGCUAUCACUACGUCCCCCUCGUGACCACAUGGCCAGAGGCAGAGAGGAAAUGUUUGCUCUUGGGAGGUAAUUUGGCAUCAGUGCACAGCCUUCCCCAGUAUCGUUUCCUUCAGUCUCUCAUCCAAGAGAGUAGAGUUCAGCGCACCUGGAUUGGAGCCUACGAUGCAAUGAAGGAGGGUCUUUGGCUGUGGAGUGACGGGUCCAGGUUUAACUACCAGAACUGGGCCCCGGGGAAACCCUCUAACUACAACCAUGGUUUUGUGAAGGACAUCACGAAUGGCCGGGGGCAUUGCAUGGAGAUGAACUGUGGAGCUUCCCGCCGCCAGAAUGAUGCCCCCUGCUGGUUUAAACUUCCCUUCCUGUGUUCCAGAAAGCUGUGAUGUCCACAUUUUAGGAGAGAAUACAUUGGAGAGGCUCUCAGCAUAUGAAAUUGU